AUGGAAGCUUUGCUCAAUAUGUUGGUGGAAUUUGGAAAGCAGUUUCUGUUUAUAACCAUCGCAGUCCAAACUAACGGUAUCAAAAACUUUAUCUUUAUCGUUUCCGUGCCCGAAAGUUUCCAGAAGGCUGGUGAGCAACCUACUACAGUUAUACUCAAGAUUCAUUUUACUGAGAAAAUUGAGUUUACGUUGGCGGACAUGAUUACUAGCGUCGUACUCUCAGAAAGGGGAAUAGAACCGGUUGUUUUAAGAGCAUUUCCUGAGGGAAGGAUUGAAGAGUACAUCCCGUCACGAAUUAUUACAAAUGAAGAGAUGUUUUCAAAGGAAAUUAAACUUUAUAAUGAAGUAGAGGAAAUGGUUAGUUGUCUACGUAGUGCAUCAAGGUGGAAAAAACCAAACAAAAUGCAUACUACUUUGAUGAAAUGGGAAGAGAACUUGUUUUCUUCAGAAAUAACAAUGGACCUGUUUGCCGAAGAAGUUGAGUUAGCAAAGAGGUGUGUGGCUUGUAGCGGAAGCCCAGUCGUCUUUUUUAACAGUGAUGUCUAUGUAAAGUUUUUAUCAGCUUUGACGCCUCUACCAUAUAAUUUAUUUCUUUAUAAUAUGACUGGUUAUUUUCGAAGAGGGUUUGAUCUGUGUCAUUACUGCUGCGAAUGCUGCCUAAAUAACACAAAUGAGAAAUGGCCUGGAUAUUGUAUAAGGGAGGACCACUGGCCUGAUGAAUCGCACCAAAAAAGGUUUGCAGAAGGAUAUUUGGAUCAAUUUGAAAUGAUAACCAGGGAUAAUGGUGGUAAAAGGCCUCCGUGUGCUGUUGGUUUACCGGUAGAUCGUGAAGCAGCAGUGGAAAGGUUGUUAACUAAGAUCAGGCAGUUUGUUGCGUUACCUCACUUGUUUUCGGCAAUAUGGUGUUUUAGGCAAGCUGAAGACUUUUCAGCUGUUGCUUCUAGAUAUGAUUUCUUUGAAUAUGGUUUUGAUCGCUUGGCAGCAUAUUAUAAGUGGAAGCCAGAAAUGAUGAAAUAUUUAAAAUUGGUAGGGCACCACUCUCUGGAGCCGACUUACUCCCUGAACUGCGAAGCAGUUACGAACGAACUGUUACUGGGAAUUGCACAGUUUGGUGCGUUUCUUCGCUUAGUUUGGGCUGUAUCAAGUUUUAAAGAAGCUGAGGAAUUUUCAAUCGGUGCUUGCUUCUAA